AUGCCCCGGCCCCAGGAGUUCCGCGUCUUCGGAGCUGAGGGCGCCGAUCCCAAGAAAGGCCUUGCCAAGCUUCGGAAGGAGUGGGUCGAAGGUCGUGACGUGGCCGCCCCGACCUUGGCAGUGCCUGGGGGUGCCAUGCUCGUGUCGCUAGUUGAGGAAGACGGCACUUGCACGCAGAUGUACUACGCCAAGCAGGGCCUGAUCACGCAGGAGAUGGCCUUCAUUGCAGCGCGUGAGGGCAUGGAUCCAGAGUUCGUCCGCGAGGAGGUGGCGCGCGGCCGCGCCAUCAUUCCUGCGAAUCGGAACCAUCCGGAGUCGGAACCGAUGAUCAUCGGUCGUCACUUCAAGGUGAAGAUCAACUCCAACAUCGGCAACUCUGCUGUCGCUUCCAACAUCGAAGAAGAAGUCGAGAAGCUGCAGUGGAGCUCACUGUGGGGUGCCGACACUCUUAUGGACCUCAGCACUGGCAAGCACAUCCAUGAGACGAGGGAGUGGAUCAUUCGGAACAGUGCUUUGCCGGUGGGAACAGUGCCCAUCUACCAGGCGCUUGAGAAGGUCGACGGCAUUGCCGAAGAUCUGACCUGGGAGAAGUUCCGUGAGACUUUGAUCGAGCAGGCCGAGCAGGGUGUCGACUAUUGGACAAUCCAUGCCGGGGUUCUCCUGCGCUUCGUGCCCCUGACUGCCAAGCGCCUCACGGGGAUCGUCAGUCGUGGGGGCUCCAUCCAUGCAAAGCUCUGCAUUUCCAAGCACGAGGAGAACUUUGCGUACGAGCAUUGGGACGACAUUCUGGACAUCUGCAAGAAGUACGACGUGUCUCUGAGUAUUGGCGACGGCCUACGUCCCGGUUGCAUCAAGGACGCCAACGACGAGGCCCAGUUCAGCGAGCUCAAGGUUCAAGGUGAGCUGACCCAGCGUGCGUGGGCAAAGGGGGUCCAGGUGAUGAACGAAGGACCCGGGCAUGUGCCCUUGCACAAGAUCCCGGAGAACAUGCGGAAGCAGCUCGAAUGGUGCCAUGAGGCGCCCUUCUACACACUGGGCCCCCUCACCACGGAUAUCGCUCCGGGCUACGACCACAUCACCUCCGCCAUCGGUGCGGCGAACAUCGGUGCCAUGGGGACGGCCAUGCUCUGCUACGUCACCCCCAAGGAGCACCUGGGCCUGCCGGACCGCGAGGAUGUGAAGGCCGGUAUCAUCGCGUAUCGCAUCGCAGCCCAUGCUGCUGACCUGGCCAAAGGCCACCCGCGCGCCCAGGAGUGGGACGAUACCCUCUCGAAAGCGCGCUUCGAGUUCCGCUGGAAUGACCAGUUCAAUCUGGCCUUGGAUCCCAUCACCGCGCGGAGCAUGCACGACGAGACUAUCGACUCCGAGCAGGGCAAGUCAGCGCACUUUUGCUCCAUGUGCGGACCUAAGUUUUGCUCUAUGAAGAUCACGGACGACGUUCGCCAGUACGCGGCCGAACGCGGCUACGGCCAGGAAGACGGAGAGACGGUUCUGAAGGCGCAGCGACUUUCCCCUAGAGCUUGCAAACAUGUAUAUAUAUAUAUAUAUAUAUAUACAUAUAUAUACAUAUAUGUAUAUAUAUAUAUAUAA